UUGUGACAUUGACAAAAACUGACUGGUGUUAUAUUAAUAUUUGCUUGCUAUAAACACUUAAAUUUAGAAGACGCAUAAGAAAAAUUGAUACUUUCAUCAAAAAUUAAUAAUUUGGAAGCAAAAAAUUUGUAUCUAUUUAAUAAAAUGGUACGUGCUUUACACACCCAAAAACAUGACACAGAAUUUCAUGAUUGUAACUUACCUGGAGAGCCUUGGAAUAUUACCGCUACAUUCAUCGACAGUGGUUUAUUCGUAAAUUUCCGCAGGUUUUUAAGACGUUGCAUGAUGAUUAGCACAAGUCAUCCAUAUACCCGCUCUUAUGCACCAUCUAUUAACCGCUUAAAGCUAGAGGAAAAGGAACAUCUUAUAGAGAAUUACUUAAUAAUUCAUCCUUUAAGCAUGUUUUCAUUAUAUUUUAAUUUUGUUGCAUGCUUCAUAAUGAUAUUUUAUUUUGUGCAUGCACCAAUUUUGUACUCUGUGACAAACUCAGAGAUUAUGCGAACUUUUAUAAUGCUGCCGGUUCAAGUAAUAAGGAUCACACUCAUAAUAGUAACGUUUGUAACUGGUGUAUACAAUAAGAAGGAUAACACAAUUUCCAUGAAUAGAGGAGAUAUUGUAAAGUGUUAUUUUAAAUCAUACCUUUUGGUGGAUGUAUUUACCCUUAUUCCCCAAAUUUUUUCAUUUGAUGUCGUAAGGAGAAAUAUUUCAAAAGAAUUAAAUAAUAUCAUAUUUUCGAUGACGAUAGUCAUUAGUUAUGUAAGGUACGCUUGGUGCCUACAGGUUUUACACGUGGGUCGCUUAUAUUUCGGUUUUUCCACAACCUUAUUUAGAGUUGUAAGACUUUUUAUAAAUUUAUGCAUUGUUAAUAUACUUCUCACAUAUAUUUUAUAUGCCCUUUCGCAUGAAAGAAGCACAUAUAAUUUUAAGGCAUUUUUAAGCAACGCACAGGAUACCAUUAAGAUGCUUUUGCUGAUAAAAACACAAUUUAAAUUUAUAAAGGGCAAUAUCUUUGUAACAAAUAUUAUAAACAUUUUGUUUCUUAUGGUUGGAUGUAUUUAUCACUUAGUUAUCCUAACUGAGGUCAGGAGUAUUUGGUUAAAAGUCUUUAGUGCUGAGAAUAACCAAACUGAAAUAAUACAGUCGGUUAUUGCUUAUGCAAAAUAUAAAGCUUUGCCCUUUACCUUGAGAGAGCGAAUCUGUCUUUAUUUGGAGUUUAAAUAUCAAAAUCAAUUUUAUAAGGAAUCAUCGAUAGAGAAGAUAACAACAAAUUUUUUGAAAACAGAAAUUAUUUUGGCUAGUACAAAAAAUGUUUUGGAAAAGGUUCCACUCUUUCAAAACGUUCCCUAUAGUCUAUUAAGGAAACUACGGGUUAAUUUAAAAAUUGAAAUAUAUUUACCCAGUGAUUAUAUUAUUAAAGUUGGAAGCAGAGGAGGAAGCAUGUUUUUUCUUAGAGCAGGAACAGUCGCAAUAACAUCAGAAAAAGGUGAAGAAAUAUGCAGGUUAAGGGAUGGUUCAUAUUUUGGAGAGGCUGGCUUAGUAAUUAAUAUGACUCGAUUUGUGAAUGUGAUAGCAGUAACGCCCUGUGAACUUUUCAAACUUAAAAGGUCUGACUUCCUGGCUUCACUUGAGAAUUCACCAGAACUUUACGAAGAAAUGGAAAAAAGUAUAGCCGAUCAGGUUUCUUUAGCCCUGCGCACUAAUGAUCUUACCGAUGACGUUGUAUAUUAAUAAUAUUCAAAUUAAUUGUUAUUAUUCUAAAAAUGUUCUUUGAUAUCUGUUAAUCUGUUUGGUCGAGUUAAUUAUUAGAUUUAGUAUAGUACAUA